GGAGCGCGCAGUUCUACUCUAGGUCAUACUGUCCGUUUGACCAAACGUGGAUUUCGAUAUGGGGAAAAUGAACUUCCCCAUCGUACUUUUAUUUUUGGCGUUUCUACAAUUUAUCACUGCUCAAGAUUGGCUGAAAGUCUCUAAGGAUGAGCUUUUGAAUCUCAGGAAUUCAGUCAAUGCUUUUGAGAGUAAGAAAUCCGACAUUGUGUUCUUGGUUGACACUUCGGGCAGUUUAUACCGAAGCGAGUUCGACGAAGAAAAAAAAUUUGUCAUGAAUUUGCUCAACGAGAUGAGCGUAGGUAUGCAAGCCAACCGCGUGGAGGUGAUUCCGUUUGGAACCUCAGCUAGCAAGUUCAUCACCCAGAUUUCAGACCCUAAGCCAACGAAGAACAAGUGUACAUUUAACGAAAUAUUCAACCCAAUGCAGCAGAGUAUUAAUGGGUAUAUGACGAACAUGAGAGAUGCUUUUGAGCUAGCAUGGCAGGUUUGCCUCAACAACGCGUAUAAGAGAACGCCCCUGACUGAGAUCAAAACUGUCGUUAUUCUCCUCACCGAUGGUUACUGGAAUUAUCCUUACAAUGAUCCCAGUCCUUUGCAAAGAGCACGGGAAUUGGUGACAGGCACUGUUGAGAUUUUUGCUAUAGGAGUUGGAAAUGGGGUUAAUCAGGCAAACCUUAGGAGCCUUGUUGAUCAGAAUAGCAUAGACAAGCACGCCUUUUUCUUGCACGACUUCAACGAAUUUGCGGAACUCGCAACCUACAUUAGAGGAGACCCUUAUGAAUACUUAUGGCAAACUGAAAAUGUGGACACGUCAAAAUGCAACGGCAAUUGUGAUCCCCUCGCUUAUUGCUCCUGCGGGUUGGUGUAUGGCGACUACAAGUGCUCAUGUCCCGCGGGAUUCGCGGGAUCUGGAUACGUGGGCCAGUGUAAAGAAUGUCCAGCCUCCACCUACAAGACAUUCCUUGGCUACGCACUCUCUUGUACAGCCUGCCCUGUCAACUCAGGUCAUUCGAAAAACGGCAGCAUUACAAGGGGUGAUUGCAAGUGCUUUGUUGGAUAUGAAGGAACACCUGAAAACGGAAACGAUUGUACACUCCGCAGUUGUGAUGCACUGACAAUUCCCGCAAACGGCGCCCUACAAGGAAACUGCUAUCGCACGUACGGAUCAAACUGCACGUUUGCGUGCAAUGAGGGAUUUGAACUAGGAGGAACACCCACAAGAACAUGCACUGUCGACAAUGAAAAUAAAAUUUUCUAUAGUGGGACUCCUUGGACAUGCACAGUUAUUAGGUGCCCAGCGCAAAAAGUGGACUAUGGAGAGCCUCCAUCGGGUACAUGCACCGAUGAACACGGAAACGAAGUGGCAGACUUAGUAUAUGGAACAAAAUGCAGUUUCACAUGCAGAAGUGACCGCUACCGCGUAGGAAAUGAAUUCAACACAUGUCAGCUGGACAAGACAUGGUCACCAACAGCUCCCAGUUGCGAACCGAUUACAUGUCCUGCGUUACCCAAAGUGCCGGUUGGUACGUACAACCCAUCAAGCUGUGACAAUGGUACCAUGACUUACCCAUCGAGCUGUGAGCUGAUAUGUCCAUCUGGUUACCACAUUAAUUAUCUACCAACAGCAGUUGGGUCUGACUCAAGAUCCUGCUUGGUAAAUGGGACUUGGACGUACAGGGAAACUAGCCCGGCAUGCUUAGAUUUUCAACCACCUUCAUUUGGCAACAGCUGCCCGACACUUUUGGAGGUAAACAACGACCCAGGAAAAAGCGUAGCGACAGUAAGCUGGAAUGUAAGUUGGACCGACAAUUCUUUAAUAGCGGACGAGCCAGGAAUAACCGUUGACUCGUUCUCGGUCGUCUUGACAAUAAAUGACAAGAACGUAGACACAAGUCUUCCUAAGCUGAUUGGUAUCGGUACAAACAGUGUGAAGUAUGUCAUCACAGAUGCCGCAGGGAAUUCUGGUUCGUGCUCCUUUACCGUUGCUGUUGCAGAUACCGAGCCACCAACUUGCGGCUACUGUCCGACCGACAUCACCAUAGACAACGCUACCGAAAUUGAAAUCAGAGUCAAUUGGGACAGGCCCAAUUGUACGGAUAACUCUGGCAAUCCACCAAACAUCAAUUCUAACAGACAAUCUGGUGACCUGUUCAGUGUGCCAAGUUCUAGCGAAGUUGUCUAUACUGUAGACGAUGGCAAAAACGUGAACAAAAACUGUUCAUUCAGAAUAACCCUCAAGAAAAAGACCUGCCCUUUGUAUGCGCCUCCGAAGAAUGGUGCUUUGAGCUGUCACACCAUUGGACAAGAUCCCACGUGCAGCGUGCAGUGUCAAUCAGGCUUCGAUUUUGUUUUCAAUCCUCCUUUCCUUUAUUACUGUUCAUCUGGAGAGUGGAAGUUUUAUGGUUUGCCAAAUAUUCCAUAUUCAACAGAAUUGCCCUGGCCCGAUUGUUCAGCGACUGCGAAUCCUUCAUUUAUAAAAAUGUUUGGUAUAGCCGGGUUCUAUUACGAUGGGGACUGCAAUGACCCUAAUGUGCAAGAUCAAAUAAAACAAAACUACCUUACACUUCUUAAUUCCCCAUUUGUUCCACCAUUCUUCUGCGAGGAGAAACCUGACGAGUGUAAUGUCAAUACUAUUGAAGUCUCAUGUGGCGAAAAAACAGCUGCGCAGAGAAGGCGAAGACGAAAUUCGGAAAAGGUGGUAAAUAUCAAAUAUAUAUACGUUGACAAGAAUACUGGGCUUACACCAGGGACUAAUGACCAAAAAGGUCAGGAUGAUUUCAAUGCACAGAAAACUAAGACUGAGGGGGACAGGACUCAAGUUCUGGACGGGAUCAAGCAAGUCAACUGGGUGGAAUACAAGGCAAACUCUGGUUUAGAGUUGAUCGACUACAACGUCGAUAACUUUAAUCUCGGACAUCCGGAAGCUUUUUGCUCAGAAGACGGUGCUGUGGUAAAGAAGUGUACCGCAGCCAGCUGUUUUGCUCCACCUUGUAAAUGUGCCGAAGACACGGGAGAUGUCACGAAGUGCACACGUUGUCCCAUUGGAACAUACUACAAUGUUAACAAAGAUGAUUGUCUUUUGUGCCCUGAGGGUCAAUACAGCCCUAAUGAGGGUGCCCUGGCAUGCGAAAAAUGCCCUGAGGGGACUUGGACACAGGGUACCAGGAAAGAAAACUUUACAGCUUGCACAGAUGAAUGUGGCCCAGGAUUCUUUUCUUCAACUGGCGUAGCCAAAUGUUUCGAAUGUCCCACUGGAACGUACUCAUCAGAUCAACGUAACAAAGUUUGUACACAGUGUCCUUUAGGUACAACGACUGUCAAGGCUGCUGCUAAAGGAAUUCAUGACUGUGGAAUGGAAUGUGCUCCAGGAACCUACUCAGACAAUGGUGUAGAGCCUUGUUUACCUUGUCCACAGGGUACCUAUCAACCAAAUUCUGGCCAAACGACAUGCCUGCCUUGUCCUGGACAAGAAUCUACACAUGGAACUGGGGCGAGCUCUCAAGCGUACUGUGGAGAGGUUAACACUUGUAUUUCGAGUCCCUGCAGCAAUGGUGGAAAGUGUGUGAACACGAAAGAAUCAUAUCGAUGUGAAUGUCUACCUGGCUACCAAGGGAAGAACUGCGAGACAGAAAUUAAUGAGUGUCUCUCGACACCAUGUUACGCCUCCUCUACUUGCGUCGACAAGAUUGGUGCAUUUGCAUGUCUUUGUCCUCCGGAAUACACCGGAAUAGAAUGUGAACUACCGUUUCUCCUCUGCACACGAGGAUACUGUCAAAACGGAGCAAAGUGUAUCGAUAAAGCGGGAACAUUCGAUUGCCAGUGUCAACAAGGGUACAGUGGAAGAUACUGUGAGGUGAAUAUCGAUGAAUGCGCGUCAAAUCCGUGCCAAAACAACGGUGUGUGCAUUAGUGGUUUAGACAAAUACAUGUGCAAGUGCCAACAAGGAUACAGUGGUAAGAACUGCCAGAUAAAUAUUGAUGACUGCGCCGGCGAUCCCUGCCAGAAUAACGGGGUCUGCGUGGAUGGCAUUCAAUCAUACAGCUGUACAUGCCCAGCUGGGUACUCUGGGAAAAACUGCGAAGUAGCCAUCGAUCAUUGCGUUGGACAGCCCUGUGCUAAUGGUGGCACGUGCACGAAUACGCCAACAGGUUACAAAUGUAGCUGUAUGCCCUCAUAUUACGGAUGUCGCUGCACUAAAGUGCUCUCCACCGACUACGACUUGUCUUUUCAAGUGCGACAAGCCAAGUCCUAUUCUCGGCUCAAAAAGCAAGUUUCAGACAUUAGCGCUCUAACCAUCGCAUUUUGGAUGCGUACCAAAGACACAAACCCGGGUACAGUACUUUCCUAUGCCACAACAGUGAACAACGUCUUACAGGACAAUGCACUUACCCUACAAGACUACGCUGGGUUUAAUCUAUUUGUUAAUAACAAAACUGUUUUCACGGGCGUGAAGGCAAUUGACGGACAGUGGCAUCAUGUAGCAGUCACAUGGGAAAGCUCUGGAGGCACGUGGCACUCAUACAAAGACGGCGUUAAAGUGAAGAGCUCUACUGAAGCCUUUCAGCAAGGUGAAAUAAUAAAGGGCGGAGGCGUCUUGAUUCUUGGUCAAGAACAAGAUGAACUGGGGGGUGGCUUUAAUACCGAAGAAAACUUCAUCGGCGAUGUAAGUCAGAUGCACAUAUUUGACAACGUCCUGUCUGCUACAGACAUUUAUAAUCUGGCAUACAGUUGUGAUCAUGUCAAAGGAAAUGUUGCAUCUUGGGGUGACUUCAGAGAACAGCUAGAUGGAGAGUAUCAUGUGACUGACAAGUCAUACGCUUGUGACUUCAACGCUGCUCAGAGACAAUUCUUCCUGACGUACAACUCAUAUAUAUCUGGAAGCGACGAUAAAGUGGUGCAGAACACCUCCCCGGAAGCCUGCGCUUCGUCUUGUCGGUCGGAAGCUUCGUUCAUCUGUCGAUCCUUUGAGUUUGACAACUCAACCAACCGAUGUGCCAUGAGCAGCAAGUCGUCUUAUAACACUGGACUGGCGAGUGCAUCAAAUUAUCGAUUCUUUGAGCUAAAUUGCCUUAAGAGUCUUGGUGUAGGAGCUAAAAGUCGCAUCCCUGACUCUGAUAUGUCAGCAUCAUCGCAGUAUGCCGCAACCCACGCCGCGAAAUUUGGUCGCCUAAAUGCGCAAACUCAGCAAAAUUCAGCAGGACAGGUAGAGGAGAACGGAGGCUGGGCUGCUUCAACCAACAAUGCUAACCAGUAUCUCCAAAUCAAGUUUAGCGAGGUCUUCCAGAUUUCUGGGGUGAUAACUCAGGGAGCAAGCGACGCUGACCAGUGGGUGACGAAGUAUAGACUUGAGUACAGCAGCGACGGAGCAUCUUGGACUUACUAUCCUGAUACUCUUAAUGGCAACAGUGACCGCAAUACUGAGGUCCGCAAUGAAGUCAGAUUGUUUCAAGCCAUGUAUCUUCGAUUCAGACCCCAAGAAUGGUAUGGCCAUAUAACGAUGAGAGUUGAUGUGAAUGGUUGUCCAUUGCCUGUCGCCAAACCAGCAGAUAACACGGAUGAAUGCAGCAACUCACCUUGUAGGAAUGGAGCAGUGUGUGUUAACAGAUAUAAUGACUACCUCUGUAUGUGCCCCGGUGGCUUUACCGGAAAGAACUGCGAUACAGCGACCAACUGUAGACCAAUCGGUGCACCACUUUACGGCUCAAAGUCUGGUUCCAGUUACAACGCAGGAAGCACAAUCACAUUUACUUGUAACGCUGGUUAUACCAUGCGGGGAUCUUCGUCCAGAACGUGCCAGGGAGGAGGAUGGACUGGGUCCCACCCAAGAUGUCCGGAUACGGAUGAGUGUGCCAAUAAUCCUUGUAACCAGUUUUGCACAAACACUAACGGUGGAUACGUCUGCCAUUGUCAUAAAGGAUAUGAGCUUCAAGGAAAUACCAACUGUGUUGAUAUUAACGAAUGCUCAACUGAGAACGGAGGCUGUUCCCACUCUUGUCACAACUCUGCUGGUGCAUUCUCAUGUUCCUGUCCAACCGGGCUCGCAUUGGAUUCUGGUAAAAGAAGCUGUCAGGAUGUCGACGAGUGUGCUACUAACAAUGGUGGCUGUGAACAUUCUUGCGUCAACACAUACCAGUCCUUCACCUGUGUUUGCAGACAGGGAUACACUUUGGGCGGGGAUAAAAAGACCUGCCAAGCAAUUUCAUGUCCCAGUUUAAGCAACCCUGGCAACGGAAACGUGGCACUGAGUUCGGGGCUUGUUUUGGGAAGCACCGCAACGUACACUUGCAAUAAUGGCUACCGAGGCUCAUACGGAAGCUCAAAAUACUACUGCCAGGCAGAUGGGCAAUGGUCGGGUAAAAUACCUACCUGCACACGUGUCCAGUGUGCAGAAAUCGGAGAAGUAGAAAACGCCAAUCCAGUUGCUUUAACUGGGCAAGAUGGCGGAAAAAAUGUUCUUAAUACCAAGGCAACCUUCUCUUGUAAAGCAAACUACGCUAUGGUGGGUGAUGCAGUCAGGACGUGUCAGCAAGACGGAACAUGGAGUGGAACUCAACCCAGAUGUAUCGCUGCUUUCUGUAGUCCAGUACCAGUCCCUGCUAAUGGCGCGGUUCAAGGUUAUCGGUAUGAACUGGGGGCUACUCUUCGCAUCACUUGCAACGAGGGCUACAAUAUGGUUCCAGCAAGCUCUGCAUUCAGGACUUGCAUUGCAGAUGGCAAAGGAGGAGGAAAAUGGUCAGAGACAGAUCCUGUCUGCGAAUUGGUAGACUGUGGUGACCCGGGCGACCCUUACGGUGGAUACCGUCAUCUAGCAACUGACACUAAGUACCAGGCCAAAGUGACAUACACCUGCAAAGCAGACCAUCAUUUGGAGGGAGAUGAAAGCCAAACAUGUCAGGCUGACGGACAAUGGAGUGGAACAAAACCUGUUUGCUUAGAGCGAUCCUGUGGUAACCCUGGUACUCCUACAAAUGGAAAGAAGGAUUCCACCAAUUACAAGUAUGGGUCUGUCAUCAGUUUCAGCUGUGAUGUCGGUUACAAUUUGGUGGGAUCUCAAACUCGGACGUGUCAGACAAAUGGAAAAUGGACUGGAACACAGCCUACAUGCCCAAUCGUUAGCUGCGGUGAUCCUGGCGCGCCGGCCAAUGGCGUCAGGUACGGAGACACAUUUACCUAUCAGAGCGUUGUAAUUCUUGAAUGUGACCCUAAGUACAAACUUGUUGGAGACCUCACUAGGACUUGCCAAGCGAAUGGACAGUGGUCCAAAUCCCAACCCACAUGCCAAUCAACGAGCUGCGGCACAUUUUUAACCGGACCAAGCGGGACUGUCACAUCGACAAACUAUCCUGGAAAUUACAACGACAACGAAUACUGCACAUGGCAGAUUCAAGUUCCGGUGAACAAGAAAAUUAGACUCGACUUCACUGAAUUUAAGACGGAGACUGGGAAAGAUUUGUUGAUGAUCUACGAUACAAGUCGCUAUGAUAGUCCGAUUAUCGCAUUUGACGGAACCACUUACAAACCACCGCCGUUCACCUCAUCUGGAAAUGUCUUACGAGUUCGAUUCAUCAGUGAUGGAGCCACCAAUAGGAAAGGAUUUAGUUUCAACUACAAGCAAGUCGACACAAAUUGCGGAGGCACAUAUGAGGAGGGAAGUGGCACCAUCUUGUCCCCAGGCUUCCCUGGCGGUUACGCCGACAAUCUUGAUUGUAUGUGGCUGCUUUAUCGCGCCGUGGAAUAUCCUGAGUUUAUCUUCACUGAAUUCGAAACGGAAAGUAACUAUGAUCUAGUGUCUAUCUCCAGCGGGAGGUUUGCCGAAAAGACGUUGACGAACGGAUGGGGAGGGCAUGCCCUUCCGUCGGGUUCUUUUUACGACGAAUCAAAUCACUACCUUUGGGUUCGAUUUACCACCAACGGCGGAAAUGGGGAUGGACGAUUCCACAAAGGGUGGAGUGGGAAAUACCAGAAAUACUAUCCCUAUGUCAACAAGAAGAAGAGAAGAAAGUAAUGCGGCAACAGGGGGGGGAGGGGAGGGGGGAUACCUCCCUGGCAUAAUAAAGAUGCAAAUGCAAGAAAAUG